AUGAACUUCUCCCCAUAUCAGUGGCGCGCCAACUCCGGCUGCCUUCCCAACCCCAACCAACCAGCUCCCCUCUGCACAUCCUACCCACACUUCACCAGCCCUCAACUCCAACCCGGCUUCGCCCACCACCUCUACUACCCUUCCACCGGCCAAAUCGCCGCCAUUCCCCCACCACCACCCGCCCAGCCCAAAAAGACUAACAAAGGCAUCCUCCCCCCACCCAAGCCCCCAAGCACCGUCGCCGCCUCCACAACCACCUCCACCAAAACUCUCGUGACCCCCAUCACCCCCUGCAGCCCCAACGCCACGUGCACCUGCACCACCACUUUCAACCCGCAAACCAACACCUACACCACUAUCUGCACUUGCUCUCAAGAAGAUCCCCCAGCCCCCGAAGUCAAGAAAGCUCCCAGCAUGGCGCACUCCACUUCCGCCAACCCUCCACCCACCCUCCGUCCCGGCGAAAAUUACAUGUUCCCGCCGGAGCACACCCUCCUGCACGUCUUCAACAAAGCCGCCCCAAUCUGGAAUUCCAAAUACCACGGCCAAGGCCUCGCCUUCAAAAUGUUCAAGGUCGCCACCUCCUUCACCGUUGCCAAUGUCAUCGAGCGCGUGUUGAAGAAGAAAGGUGACGAGUGUGCUGGGUGGUGUGCGACGGAGGUCGUGGAGCAAGGUGAGGGUUGUUGGGCCAAGGGUACGAGUAUUCCUUGGGGCAGUGACAAGGCCAAGGGUACGUUGGGCAGCAUGGGAUGGGGUGUCAAGAGGGGUGGGGAGGGACCUCCGGUUUGGUUGGUGGUUUGUAAGGAGGAAUGA